AUGAAAGCCCUCAUUGCCUUCCUGGGGGCCCGAAAGGAGCAUCUUGCGUCCCUUAACCAUGUUCUACCGUCGCUUUUGGGGAUGGCGGAUAGCGAUAAAGACGAGUGGGUCCAGGUAGUGUCCGGGCUUGUACGCCAAAAACUCUUACCGAGGGACGAGGAUGAUUCGACCAGCGUCGGCGAUGAGGCAAAGACUUCACAGAGUGAUUUCGUCUUGCGCAAGACCGUCAGGGAAGUCCUCGAGCGGGCAAAGCAGAAUAUGUCGGAGCGGGCAGGCAACGGGAAACAGCGGGUCGUGGGUGGCAGUACCAUCGGCGGCAACCGCGAUACUCGGCGCAUGCGCGAGGCACCUUACUUCGGUCCGUUGGAGGAGAGGUACGUCAGCCGUAAACAGCAGCCUCGAAAGCAGGAGUUCGCCAAUGCGCACUUCAGCGUCAAGUACGAUUUUGUCGGCGAAUUCUCCGAAGACCUCGCUUCCAACGUUGGUGGUACCUCGAACACAUCUUCUUCUCCGACGGGAGGGGGUGCGUCUGUCGCUGCGGCGGCGCUCGCGUCAAGAGUUGGCCAGGGAGGGUUGUUGAAGACCCCGGGCUCUUUCGCUCCCGCGCCCACUCCGGCGGCACCGAACCUCGCGCAAGCUCGAAGGGUUUCGCUUGCUGCUGUGGUGGAUCCAUCCGCGGGCUCCGACGGCCUCCGCAGGACUAGCAAGCCGUUGGCAUUGUCGCGGAACUACGUGGGGCUCCAGCAUGGUUCCGGGCGGACAAGUUCAGGUGUUGGGGGCGCCCGCGGAACGCGGGGAGGGGGCGGGGCGAGCCCCGGCAAAGCAGGGUUGAUGAUGAUCAAUGUGGACGAACUGCAGGCAAUUCACGCUGAGAAACAGUCUGCGAGGGAGAAGGCAAAAGGCAAACCGGGUAGGAAGAAGGCCAAACUUGAAGGGGGGGGGGAACAAAGUACGGCCGGCAUGGAGCCUGGUACCGGGGCGUCAGCAACUGGAACCCAACAGGUUGUUGCUAACGCCACGGACGUUGGCAACACGGAUGGGCAGUUACCGGAGGGAGCAAGCGGCGAGGGGAAGAAGGCAAAGCCGAAGGCACCAGCCAAGCCUUCGGCAACGGCAGAUGGUCCGAUGCCCGUACCGCAGCAGGGCGAGAUCGAGGCAGUCGCAGCCAUGAUGGUUCUUGGUGUCGCUGGGGGAGGUGAAGAUGCGGAGACCUCUUACCUGCCCGAAGCAUUGACGAAGCUCUUGGAAAACGCCAAUUCGCUGCGACCGGAGGGUAAGGCCAAGCUGGAGAGUUUUUUCCAGAAGAAAAUGCCAGAAGGGUCGCAGCAGGAGAGGGUCAAGUACCACGAGGAGGUUAGCCCUGGGGCGGACGGGGAAAUGAUGCGAGUGACAAGCUACAUUCGCCUGGAUUAUGAGACCUGGGUAUGGGACAGGGUUCACAAGAAGAAGCGUGUCAAAUCGUGACGUAGUGAGUAGAGUGGGGAGUUGCACGGAUGGGCCCCAUGUACAUAUAACGGUGAACCUGUUCGUAGAGUCUCCAUUUCGACUAGGCAUGAAUUAUUGGGUGGUUGCGGAUAUCUGAUUGCGGCGCCAGGAGAAAGAGGUCGGCAAAACACACUCAGCCAUCACUUAGGUGUGUCCUUUCAGCUGUCGACCAUCCAUGUGAUAUACUUUCGAAGCAUUUUUUGUUCUGAUGUGCAACUGAUUUGCUGCUCCACACAGGUUAUUCGUCGUAGCUGCUGUAUCCCUCAGUUGCAACGAAUGGGCAUGUGUUGCCAUGUCCUCUUCAAUGCCGUGAGUUAUGCAGCACGUCGAGCGUGAAGGGAGUUCCUGUGUCUACUUAGUGGAGAUUGAGGCAUGCCCACAACAUACACGGGUCGGGUGUUAGAAGGGCGCACCAAAUCACCCGCCUCUCCCCGGUCGAUCGUGCCAGACGGACGCGAGAUUUUGUUUGUGGACUUACUGCACCCACCCGCCACCAGUAAGUGUGAAUAAAUACAAUGUUUGGAAAUCGGUAUUGGACAAAAAAUCGUUGUAAGGAGGCACAGCUAUCAUCCUGUUUGCACCCACCCUUGAACACAGCGACGCGUGGUGGUCUAGACAGAGAGAGUAUAAUGUACAAACUGCUUGUUUCCUUUCUUCGUGCUUUUUGCGUGCAGGCGGUCGGUGUGUCCGCUGUGAGGAUCAAUAAUGUUUGACCGGAUUUACGCUGUGGUCUGCCCUGUCGUAUGCUAGAUAUACUAUACAGCAGUAUGUAGUAGUGGUACUGCUGGGAGCGAUGCUACGACAAUGAGCCCGCACUCGUAGAAUGGGCGUCACGUCUAUUUUAUUUUUAUCUGCGUAAACCUUUCGGACAGUGACAACAGCGCAGUAGUGCAGGUAGGUAUGCACAAUAAAUAUAAGAGGGUAGACUG